UUUAUUAGAUUUUUAAGCGGACUCUUCCAUAGAUAAAGUUUAUGAAGCAGAUAGCCGGUGAUGCUUUGUCAUCGUGUACUCAUUAUUACCCGUGAUAUUCGUUUGAAACGACACGCGGAACGGAGAUAGGAUAAUUCGUCGUUUCGGACUAUCGGACGUCCUACCGUGCGAACCCCUCAUUUGUCAACGCAAAGGAUAUUAAAGCCAUUGAAUGCGCCGGCGGGAUCUUUACAAAUCGGUUCUUCAUCGACCAUAGACAACAAUGUGCAUAUUUUUGCCGUGUAGCGCCGCGGUAUUAUCGUGGCUGAUCGAUUUCUGUAGCGUAGAAACCGUCGUUAAUGCUCCUGUAAUGUUCUUUUCAUGUCUUGGGUAUCCGGCGCGUUCUCUCUUUUUCAGCGAUAAAACUCCCGAUAGAUCAGGAAUAACAUGAGUAAAAAGCUGUAAUUUCGAAUCAAUUAAUUUCAUAAUAUUGUACAAUUUUUUUAAGAAAAUGUGUCACAUAUAUUAGUGCGUAAAAUAUUUCCAAUUGAUCUAUUAAUCUAUUUUAUUGCAGAAUUAUUCGUAAUUUUAAUCGUUACACGCAAAACAAAACAAUUAAUUAAUUAAUAAGGUAUAGAAACGAAUUUAUUUAUUCCGAUGCUCUUUUCCAUUAAUUAUAUUUUAUAAGAAUUCUUCGUAGUGGACAUAAAAUCUCUACGAUAAUGAAACAUAUUUUUCCACAUUUAUUUAUUUCUAACGUUUCAAGUUCGUCCGAUCAUCCCAAAUUCGGUACGGAUUGGAACUUCAUCUUCCUGGUCGGCGACACGUAUUCCAAUUCCAACAGAAUCAACUCGUUCUCGCCUGUACGAAGAUAGGUGGCCGGAACGUACAGAGUUAUUUGGGGACCGACCAACGGCCAGUAUCUACCCAGAUUGCGACCGUUCACGAAGGCCACCCCUUUACCCCAACCGGUAGUGUCCAGAUAUGUGUCCAAAGGUUGCCCGGUGAUCGUGAACCGUCCACGUAAAAAUACCGGACCGUUAUUCAGGGUCCCGCUUUCUAUGUUUAGGGUCGUCAAAUCUUGAAGAGACGACAGAUCGGAGAACGCGUAGCCCGUCAUAUUCCAAUUGGUCAAUCGAGUUCCGCUUAUAGUCACGUCUGAUAUACCCUAUAAGAGAAGACAAUGCAAGGAGCAAAUGUUAUUAUAUUGGUAUUGUGAUUUUUGUAUGCUGAAAAACAAAUUGCUUAAUCUCAUAUAAUACCUUGAAGUCGUUGAUUUCGUUGCCGAAAUUCAAUCGUCCUUGAUUCUCCACCAAUAAACUCAGACGGCGACCGUAAGGGCUCUCUAGUGGCAGAGUGAAUAUCUUAUCUAUGCGACUCAGGGUGCCGGAUAAUCGACCGUCUACGUAAACCAGCGCCCUAUCUCUCGUGGUUGCGCGCAAUAUAACUGGAUCGUGUUCGGGAGCCGGUAAAUCCGUCUCGUAAAGUACAAAUCCCUGAUUCACAGAUAGAUGCUCGAAGGUUUCGGGUUUGGUGCCGAUCACCCAGCUCACCACGAAUGGGGAUCGACUGUCGAGCAGCUUUUGCACCGGUUCUAAUAACACUGGACCGUAAUUGCCUUUCGGGGAUGCGGUCGGAAGAGACACGUUCGGCAAUGGCAGAUACUGUGAUUUCAAUAGGAAAUUAAUUAGGAUCUCCGGCUUCGGUCAAAGGAGCGUCAUAAUCGUAAGAAGUUAACUGAGGACUGUAUGAACCUGCACCACCGUUGGCGCCUGUCGAUGAUAAUUAAUUAUAUUACGUUAAUUACUCGCUCGAAAUAUUAGGAAGAAGUUUACUAACCGGAAGUGAAAGCAAAGUUUGUACCACCGUAGAACAUGUAAAUAUUAACGGAUGCGCCCAGAGCGAGCAUUUCCCUCAACGUCUUCGUGAUAGCUUCGGUUCUCACCCUCUGGAAGGCUUCGCCCCAGUGGGUCAACCAUCCUGGAUAAAAUUCAGAAUUCACCAAGGGACCCUAUGAGGUUUUUUUUACAAAGUGUAGUCAACGAGCGUCGAGAUUUUCGAGAUUGCUUCGAGAUUUCAAAUAUUACCGAAAAAGUAACUUAAGGACAGGGCAAGCAGGCAGUGAUAUGAAGGAUACGAAAACCAACGAAUAUGCGAGCGUGAACGUCAAGCAAGUUUCCAACGGUAAGGAGGAUCAUGUCGAUUCCGGGGCGAGUGUCGACGCGGUGCAGAUCGCAAUCGGCAAUCUCGGGAAAUGGCAGAUCAUCGUCUGCCUGGCGAUUUCUCUGGUCAAAUUUCCGGUAGCGUGGCACCAAUUGGCGAUCGUCUUCAUGGCGCCUCAUCAGGAUUACAAUUGUACGAAGCCCGCCACCGUCGAUUCCAAGGAUCAAUGCAUGGUCGAUUUUAACGGCACUCUGGCGAAGUGCACGGAAUGGGAGUACGACAGGAGACUAUUUCCCGAGACUAUUAUAUCGCAAUGGAAUCUAGUCUGCGAUAGGACGCAUUACGCGAAUAUCCAACAGUCUAUACUUAUGUUUGGGGUGCUGCUCGGCAACAUUAUCUUCGGCACCUUGGCAGAUAGGUAUGGUAGAAAAAUUCCGCUCAUGAUUUCCAUUGUUCUCCAACUAUUGUCGGGUAUUGGAUGCGCGAUAGUUCCUUGGUUUCAAGUAUUAUUGCUGAUGAAGCUGUUAAGUGCCUUAGCCACCGGAGGCACAAUGGUUACUAGUUACGUUAUCUGUAUGGAAAUAGUAGGUACAAAAUGGCGUGCCGCCAUCACCGUCUUAUAUCAAAUUCCAUACAGUUUAGGCCACAUGUCGCUAGCAGGACUCGCAUUCUGGUUUCGACAUUGGCAGCAUCUACAAAUUGCCAUUACACUUCCAUCUAUAAUUCUUUUAAGUUAUUGGUGGAUAGUGCCCGAGUCGCCGAGAUGGUUAUUAACCAUGGGAAAGCAGAGAGCAGCUUGCAGAAUAUUGCAGAGGGCGGUCGAUGUUAAUAAAGUGAAAAAUGUGGAUAUUCCCGAAAUAGUCAGAAAACAUUGUCUGCAUCAAAAUUUGAAGAAAUCCGCGCAGGACCACAAGGCUUCGUUUCUGGAUCUGUUUCGCACACCGAACAUGCGAAUAAAAUCCCUCUCGAUAUUCUUCAAUUGGAUCGUUUGUGGAAUGGGUCUGUUUGGCAUGUCGCAGUACAUCGGUCAGGUCGGUGGCGAUAUUUUCAUUAAUUUCGCACUGUCCGGUGCUAUACAGGUUCCAGGAAACUUUGUCGCGUGGUGGGCAAUGAAUAAACUGGGUCGACGAAUCACUCUGAUCUGCAGCAAUUCCAUAACUGGCCUGGCCUGUUUGCUCUUAAUCGUCGCGUCAAAUGAUAUGUCAUGGUUAAGACUACUUCUGGCGUGCCUCGGUAUUGUCGGCAUGUCGGUGUCGUUUACUACAGUCUACCUUUUCUCCGGAGAACUGUUUCCUACAGUCGUAAGGAACAUCGGAGUUGGCGCCAGCAGCAUGUGCGCUAGAAUAGGCUCCAUUGUAGCGCCAUUUGUGGUAUCCUUGAAUUACAUCGAAUCGUGGUUACCGCCAACUAUAUUCGGGAUUUUGCCGUUGGUCGGAGCAGCAUUGUGCCUAUUAUUGCCUGAAACUGCCGGAUGUACUUUACCGGACACCCUUCAAGACGGCGAGGAAUUUGGAAAGAAGUGUAAGUCGAAAGCAAAACAUGGAGAUCUCGAAGCAGAGGCGAAAUUCUAAAGGAAAAGUAAUAGUCAUAAGAUUUUAAAUAUUUCGAAACAAUAUCGAAUUAUUAUUUCGACAAGUUGUGUUGAUAAAAUAAUUCGUUAUUGAUGAAACAAGCCACAUUUACGAUCAAUCGUGCAUAUAUAUUUAGCGUAAUUCUAUUUAUUAUAUUAUUUUCAUAAAAAUUGACAAAACUAUUA